AUGGGAGUAGCCUGGCGGCUGGGUGAAGGGAAAGAUGGGAAGGCCACAAAGGUGAGGAGAGCAAGGGAGGAAGCGGUGGCAGUGGCUAAUGGUUGCAGGUUGAAGAGGGAAGACUCCCGGCGGACGAAGCACGACUGCGCCUUCUCCAAGUGGGAGGUACCUUUUCUUCGCAAGCAUUUUUUCACCUCUGCCCGAUCGUUUUCUCUCUCGGGGUUGUUUUUUUUCGACGCCUGUUCGAACCGACCUCGCCUGUUCGAUCAUGCUAUCGGUAGGCCUACUAGAGUUUACUGCGGGAGAUCGAUCCAUGGGUGUAGGCCUACUGUGAUCUGCCGGAUUAGCUGUGAUACAUCAGAUAGAGGAGAUUAUAUCGAUGACUCGUCUCUAUAAACACUUUGCUAUUGGAAUCCUGAGCAAUUAUAAUUCAAAUUUGUGCUAUUUAUUUCCUACUGAAGGGCCAUCCGACAUGGAAAAGCCCAGUUAAAUGCGCUCACACAAAAUUCUUCUCCUUCAUCCUCGAAGAAAUAGAUGGUUUUGAUACAGAACAACGAUGAAGAUGAUGUUUAUAUAUUAUUAAGAUAAGAGAGAUAAGAAGGGUCACCAUCUGAGAUACUACAAUCAUUGUUUUCCUUUCAGUAGUAUUCUUUGGGACUAAUUAUGUAGUUUCUUACCUACAAAGUUUACAAUUGACCUCAUGAAAUAAAAUCGAGAAUUUCUUAUCAUGUAUCAGUGCGUGUUUUCAUAAUAUUUUCUCAUUUUUUAUAGAACUAAUUUCAUUGUGCAAAGUAUGGAAUCCAACUGAUUGUCUUCAUAACCUGUGCCAGUUUUGUCUUAUUUAGAAACGAUUAGAGGAUAGAUCUUUCAAAGUUAUCAUGGAUCCGAAUUUGCAUCCUUGCAUCUUGGAAGUAUCGAUUCAAGUCAACGAGUUAUCUUCUUAGGUACGAUAGGAUUGAAAUGUUUUCCACAUCCUUCUUCUGAUAUCUGAGCACAUCUACACCUCCUGUUCUGGCACCAACCAAGUUUCAUUCAACAUUUAUGGUGAUCCUAACGUUAUCGUUACUUACUUAUUUUGUAAUGCAUAAAAACUCAAGCAUAGACUAAACUUUCUGAUACCAUCAUUUAAUCCCGUCCAAAUGUACCCUGAUGCAUAUCAAUGCUUUAUUGAUAUUUGCAUUAAGAAUUUUCCCUCCGACUUAUGUCCUGGUGUCAAAUGUGCCCUUUCUUGUUAUGGUAGAACAGGAAACUCUAUAUCCUAUUACCUCACUUUAGUUUUUUAAUCUGUGUUUUUUAAAUGGUGUCAUGAAUAAUUAGUUGGUACUUAGGGUUGAUCGAUUGCAUCACGGGAUAUAUAAUAUUUAUUCAUGGAGCUCCCUUUUUGCCGAUUCAGAUACUCAUUGGACCCUCUGAUUGGGAGAGCUACUCGUUGGGGAAGGAUGGAGCAGAAAGAUACAGAACAAAUAACCUUCCGAACAGCUGUUCUUGUCCUGGUAUAUAUGAGCUUGGAAUAGCUAGGCUUUCCGCCAACUCUAGAAGGUUUGAUCCAAAAGAAAUUGUCGUUGUUUACCUUGGACAAGCUGAAAAUGUUAGAACGAGGCUCCAACAUUAUGGAAGAACAGGCUCACAUUUGGAACACGGUGAUUCGACUGUCGUCCUUCAAAGCAAAGGCAUCAUCAGUAAACCUAUUCAAAGAAGACCUGGACUGUUCAAAGAAGCGUUUUCAAAGGGUUUCUCUAUCAUGUUCAGAUGGGCACCGGUGAGUAUUUUGUUUGUUCAGUUCUAUCAAACAGCAUGAUGGGAUCAUGUCUACAGUCUAUAUUAAGUAGUAAAUUAUAUGAAAUUAAAGAUCUUCCAGGGAAAAUGAUUUAAUUGAUGGGUGAACCAUGCAAUAGCUCUCUAAAGCAUUCAACAACUUUUCAUUUAUCUGUAGAAGGGAUGUUUAUUAGUUCUUCACUUCCAGAGAGUUACCGAAUUCAAAGGCAUUCUGACUUCCUUAAAUCUUCUCAAAGAAAUCGCUGAAAUACUUCAAUCUACUCAAUGAAUACACGGUAAAGUCCAUUUUUGAAAAAAAAAUCAGAAAGAUUUGCAUAAUCGUUCACCUUCAUCAUGAAAGGAGAAAUCUCAUAUGGAUAAUUCGUAAUUAUCUUGCACAUACUAUAGUUAACUUGGUAUUUACCCUUCACAGAAAUAGAAUGACAUGUCUCGUUCUCAAAUGACAUGUUCCAAUGCAUUUGGUGUGAGCUCCAUUCAAAUAUAGCAUUGAAUAUUGUAUUCAUUCGUUUAUCUUAAGGGAACAUAGAAGAAUGAAUUUUUUUAUGUAUUUAUCCAAAUACAAUACCAAAACUGAUUGUAUUAUUUAUUUAAUUAUAUUCUUGUACGCGCUGCUUAUGUUACUCGGAGUGUGCUUAUGCUAGCUAUUUAAAACCUGCCUAUGGUGCUUUUUUUUUUCAAAGAGUGUCAUGGAGCAUCCAUAGCGGUAAAGACGAGAAUGCAGCUACUCCUUUCUGUGAUGUUAAUCUACUUGUCUACUUGGCCACUUACGGCAGCUACUCCUUUCAAUAAAUUUUUACAUGGGCAAUCAUAGUCGAAUUUUUUUGCAUCAUUUGGGCACCUUCACGAUUAUUCUUCAUCUCUUUCAGGUGAGAAGCAAGAGAGAAGCUCUUGAUGCAGAAGCUCGUCUACUUGAGGUAUUUGACUAUGCUUGGAAUAGAAUUGGUAAUGCUGCUUAUCGUUAUGAAGACAUCAUCUUGAAGCUAGACAAGCUCUCAAGAGCCAGCCUUUUCCGUAGCUUUCUCACAAAGCUGAAACCAUGGACUUGGAAAUUUCCUGAGGGGAAACUUCCUCAGUUGGGCAUCGGAUUCAGCUCAAGUGAGUCAUUUAACCUAGGUGACUGCCCAAAUGAUUCAAAACCCGACCAGACUAGCGUGAUUUUGGAACUUAAUAAGUCCCAACGGAUAGUAGUCCAGCGGAAGAACAAUCCCCGUGAGGGGUGUGGUGGUGUAUGUGGAGUUAUCAAAGAGGAUGGAUCUGUUUGUGAGAGAAACCCAGUUUUAGGGAGAAAGAGAUGUGGAGAGCACAGGGGAAAGAGGAUCAACAGGAGCCCACCAGUAAAUGGGAAGGAAGCCGAGGUACAGGAGCCCCCAAUUCUAUGCGGUGUGGUCCUGAAGGAUGGGUCCUUUUGUUCCAACCCCCCUCCCCAGGGGAGAAAGAGAUGCCAUCUCCAUAAAGGUAGAAGGGUUCGCUGA